AUGGAGGUGAAACGGAGACUUGGGAAGAUAAGUAUUUCUUCGCCCAGAUCCGAUGGAGUAACCUACGCUGACCUGCGGAGAGCGGACCCGAAGUGUCACUCGCUGAGGGCACUAUACAACACGCCCGAGACCGUCCUCGUCUACAAGAAGGGAGAUCGAAGAGAGAUCAGUAAUUGGAGGCCUUUAACCCUGGGCCUGACGACGGCCAAGCUCUUUGCGGCCCUCGUCGCGGAUCGGCUGACCAAGUGGGCGACAACAAACGGCAGACUGAGUCCGGCGCAAAAAGGUUUCCUGCAGAACGAGUUCUACUAUGAACGUGGCUUCGUGCUUCAGGAGAUAAUCCGGGACUCAAAUACCAAAAGCAGAGAGCUAUCGGUGGCGUAA